AUGAGCACCCGGGAUGUUAUACAAGGGGGUUCCAUGUUUCCUCGAUACCGUUGGAGAGCAUCAAACAUGGCAGCCGCGAUGAUGAAAAGUCGGAAGGACAGGGUGAACAGAGACGACGCGAAAGCAGUGGAACCUCCGGUUGAAGAUAUGUCGGGAGAGUUACAGACGAUACCUGCGCGCCAUGGCGUCGCGACGUUUGUGCCACGAGGCAGGACAAUCAAGGUGAUCAACACCUAUGGCAAGCAGGUAGUUAGCAUGUGGGCGUUUAGCCUGGGUCCACCACCUGACAAAGAUGAAGAAGAGGAGGCAAUUAACGAGCAAAAAGUGCAAGAGGAAACUGAGGGUUUGAAGAAGGCCGUUGAGGCUGGGGCUGGGGCUGGGGAGAAUAUGGCGACUGUUAUGAAAGAAGAAGGAAACAAUAGCGAAGUGGUUGACGAUAAUACUGAGGAUGGGGAGGAGAGCAAAGAAUCUAAGUCUGUGACUAAAGACGCCAAGGGUACUCCAGACGACGGACAUCAAAUCGAGGAGGCGCCCACCGCCCAAAAGAAUAAUACGUCUACCGAGAACGGAGAUGCUUCCUCCAAGGAAGUCCCAAAGCGAUCGUGGGCAUCAUACCUUCCUUCUAUCCCAUAUCGUAACAAAGGUACCACGAGCAAGCUUGGCAACGAGAAAAAGCCGGAUGCAGAAGAACAAAAGGCACAGAACGAAGCCAACACCAAGAAGUGGUCUUCCUACAUUCCCACUGGCAAGAGCUUCUCAAGCUAUGUUCCCAACGUACAACUCCCAGACUCCAAGGAAGCAGUGAGCGCCUUCAAGGCAAGUCAUUACCGUGAUCCGAACAAAAGUUAUGCCGAGCAACUCUACGAUUUCUCCAAAACUCCCGUCGGUGCUGGCACAAUCGCUGCGGCAACAGGCUCAGGCUACGCCUCCUCCGUCUACGCCGCCUACUCAGCCUAUGCCUCCACACACCCAUCCUCCUCCUCCCAACCCCCCAUGGAAUACCUUUCUCUCCCCCACACUCGCGCCUCCUCCCACAAACUAGUCCCAGAAGUAAAUGACCAACUCCUCACCAAUCUCCGCAAUCCCAUCGUCUCGCUCAUCGAAGACACCUCUCCCGGCGCACACGACACCCUCACCGCUGCCUGCGACGCAAACCAGUACCUAGCCCUCGGCGUUGACAAACCUGAAGAACAUGGCUCCUGCGCCGAGAACCUGGUCCUCGCGCUCAAGGAAUUGAACCAGACGGCGGGCCUCAAGGGCGCCAAAGCGAUUGGUGCGGAUAUCAGUGUGAAUAUCGCGCCGACGCCUCUUCACCUGUUUAUGAACGCGCCGUUGCAUUUCGAACAUGCGGAUCCAAAAGGCGCAGGCGCCCUGGGAAUUACCCUGAGCGUGGAGGAGCCCGUGGGAAAGAAGAGAUCGUUUGUGAGGUUCCGGGCUGAGAGAGAUGUCGUGGUCGUGCUGAGUGCGUGUCCGAUGGAGGUCGGCCAGCAGAAUGGCGGGAGAUGUAUGGCGGCGAAUUUCAUGGUCGAGGAUGUAGCCGACGGGGAGGAUUUGGCGGCGUCAGUGACGAAGGGUGGGGCUGCAAGGGGUGAGGGGGGGAAAGUACAGAGGAAGGGGGGUGUGCAGGAGAAGUUGAAGGAGAAGGAGGAGAAUACAAUCAAUGAACAAAAGCCGAAAGCCGGGAAACAAGAAGACGUAGCGCCGGUAAUGCAAGACAAAGAUAAUGGAGACGAGGAGAUGUCUCCAUCCCAACCAUCGCCCACACAACAUUCAAACAACAAGGAAGAACAGCAACAGCAACAACAACCCACAGACCCCAACCCCAAACCCAAGAAAAAACCACGCAAGUUACAAUCGCGAAACACGUCUUCUACAACGUAA